AAUAUAAUUGCCAUUAUCCCAAUCUCCCGUCCAAGCUUUUACAAAACCCACACCUCCGUAUCAGCCCCCACUCAUCCUCGAUCAACGCAACGCCUGCGCUGAGUUGGUAGCUUUCGAGUUCGAGCCUCCACGACUAGGUAAAUUUCUCAUGGCCACCCAGUCGCAGGCUGCCCGUGGCACAACCGCCACCGCCACCACCACCACCAUAGAGGACCUCCACUCGGACAUGCUGAUCCGCGCCCUCCGUCACCUCGACGGGCCGGCGCUAGCAGCCGCCAGCUGCGCCACCACCCACCUCCGUGCCAUCGCCUCGCAGCCCGAUCUCUGGCGCGACCUCUGCAUCACCACUUGGCCAUCCCUCCGCCACCCCCGCCUCCUCCGCCUCCUCUCCUCCUCCCCCAACGCUCAUCGCUCCUUCUUCUCCGACGCCUUCCCUUCCCCCUCUCCGCUCACCGUCCUCACCGACGACGAUGCCAGCCUCCCCUCCGAGCUUAUCUCCGCCGUUGACCUCUACCACCAGGGCGCCCUCGUCUUAUCCCGCGUCGUCGAGACCGACACCUCCACCCUCUGGUUCAGGGGCGCCCCCUUCCGCAUCGACGCCCUCGACCGGAAGGACCCACCUCCGCCGCCCUCGCCUGCGCUACCCGCUGCCGCGGCCGCAGCCGAGCCGGCCAUCUCACCCGAGGAUCUGACACUGAGCUGGGUCGUCAUCGACCCGCACCGGCGGCGCGCCAUGAUCGCGACGAGCCGGCAUCCUGUGGCGGUCGAUCGGCACUGGAUCACCGGCGAGACGGUGGUCCGGUUCGCGUCGGUCCUCGGCGAGGAGUGCGCCCUCGGGGUGGUGGUCACCUGCGGGGAGGAGACGGGGCACGUGCUCGAGAUGAGUCUGAUGGCGGAGGGUAUCGACGGGGUCUGCUUGAACGGCAGGGACGGCUUGGCGGUAUUCCAAGCGGCGAUGGAGGGUGACAGGAAGAGAGAAGAGGCGGAAGAGGUGGAGAAGAGGAAGUGGGAAGAAUUCGUCGGGCGACGGCAGAGGCGGAAGGAGGCGGCCGCGCGGCGGGAGCGAGUGGUGGACCUGGCCUGCCUUGCGGUGGGCGCCGCGGCGUUCUUGGCACUCUUCGCAAUUGCGGUUUCGAGGUGGUUGGAUCGCGCGGUCUAGCUGAACCGGGAAGAGGUUGAUCCCCUCGCUUCUCCUUUUCACAUCUCAACCGUGAGCGGGACCUUCCCUCAUAUCUCAGCCGUUCACUGAAUGUGGAGACCAUAUAUGUGGCACGUCACCAUAGUUCUCAGGUGGGUCCUCCAGAAAAUGGACGAUCGAUAUAUGAGCAGAUGACCAUCAGACGGUCCAGAUAUCUGAACUGAUACUGCGAAGCGGUCAACGCAAUACUAGUUAGAGAAAUGAUAGAUACUUUGAUGUAAAGAUAGGCAUUUCCACAUCCUCUUUAUUAAUAGCAGCAAUUCGCUCGCCACAAGUAAAGGAUUCUGAAUACUGUCCAACUCCUCUCGGUAUUCAACCAUUCCACGCACACAUCAUCAUCAUGUCGUCUGGUAUCCAAAUAUGGAAGAAGCAGCCUACGGUAGCUCGAAUUGGGUCGGCCAUGGAGGAGCCGAGGCUGGCCAUUUUAAGGGCCCAACCGCCGCAACCAUCGAGAACUUUGGGCUCGACUGGAGAUCGCUCAAGGCCCACGAGCAACCUCCUCGCAAGCACGCGAGGGCUCCCUCUUGCUGAUCGUCCCGGCGUCUUGACUCAUCUGGUUGGCGGAAUCAGGUAAAUCACACGUUGGAGGCGAGGGCUUUUCUUGAACCCCGGACUGGAAUAGGACUUCUCCGACGAAGACGCCGUAGCGGCCCGAGGCUUCGCCGAACCCUUCCUAGGCUCGUGUGCUACUCCGAAAUUUAAUCCCGAGGUUCGCGUAGAUUUGGAAAA